AACACAAGGCUUGUUAUUUGCCGGUAGCUGCAUGAACUAUUGGUGACUGGUAUUUUUACUCCCUGUCCUCUCGUGACUCGUCAGUGGAGUGACAUUGACUGCAGUAAAUUUUUAAAGUAUUAGCCAGUGCUGGUCAUUCUCCACCAUGCGUGUUCUCAAUAAACAGCGAUAGCGUUUAGAUAAAUGUGAAAUCCUUUUGUCUCCAUAAUAGCAUAUCGCAGGAAGGGGAAGUGUUGUUCGCAUUUGCAGAUAAGUGGGUAAAAGAAAAGGCGAACCAUAUCUCAGUUGAUCCUCUAUUGCCAGAGUGAGGUGUUGCCGUCCUGCACUAACGCAGAGAAUUGUAGCUAGUAGCUACCUGCGCCAGGACAGUAUUAGCUUCUGGAUUAUAAGGACACAAACAGACACAGGCCUCACAAGACAAAUUUCAACACGGGACAGUGUUAAUAUUACUAAUAAUAAUAUUAAGAAUUAAUAUUAUGGUAAUAAUUUGCUUUGUUGAUUUAUUUCAUAGCUUGUGAUCAACAACUCUCCUGACAUCAACAAAGAAUUGCUCCACUAACAAGGGAUGCCAGUUAAUUUCUGAUAAUACUUAUUCUUCUAUGUCAAAGAACUGUUGUCGGGGGGAAAAACAGUGAGCUACACCCGCAGUAUAGAUUAUUACCAGCCUUAUUCUUUAGGUUAUAUCUUUGUCUGCUAGUUAAAAUGAUUAACUUUAUAGUUUGUCACAUUGCUGUGUUUUAGAGGUGGUUAUGCUUGGUUUUCAGUGGGUUUUGUUGAUUUGUAAGAAUUAAAAGAAAAAAAAUCAUGAAGACCAGCUUUACUGGUGCAGUAUGAUGUCUGAUUGAUACCCAGUAAAUGAGGAUGAUUGCAGACAUUGUGUUUUGAUUAUACAGUAUGCAAUAGAAGUAAGUACACUUACAUAAUAAUAAUGAAUCAGAAUUCUAUGACCUUAGAGUAAUUUAAUUACUUAUGAGUUAAACAAUUGAGUACUUAUGUAAAAUUUAUCACUAAUAGUUUAUAUUUACUGUAUUAAAAAUGCCAGCCUCACAGUAGGAACUAAACGCAACAAAAGACAGCACAGCUUUUAUUUCCUUGAUUCACAUCUUAUCUUUUCGAGACUUCAUAUACACACACCUUUGUUUUGUCGACAAGCUCAAAAUUCCUUGGCAAAGAGGAUAUGUGUUGCACAGAUAUUCUGUUAUUCUUCAGAGAGUAUUUGGAUUGGGAAUCUUCUUGUCAGCCAGUAUUUUUGGUAUAUCCACAGGCCUUCAUGGUGCCAUAUACAGAUGCCUUCUCCUCAUUACCCUUUGUACUUCCAGAGACCAUGUCAUACCAAUCCCUCCUCCAUGUUUCCCACAAUGUUAUGCACUGUCCUUCACACUGAAACAGAAACUGAUUUCCUAUGAUAACCCCUUUGCCAAGUCUGAAGGACUUGCCUGUCUUUUUUCAGAGAUAGAUUGUGCAAGUAUGGCACUGUUGGUGGCUUAAAUUUUUCAGGAUGGCCACUGCAGCUCUGAUUAGUGCUGCUAUUCCUUGUUUUAUACCCUUGAAUGCCCGCUGCAACUGUGUUUUUACAGAUUUUUAGUUGAUCAACCAUCUUCCUACAUCAUUUUCCAUCUUCAUGCAGUCUGUUCAGGUUUUCCAGUUCUUCUGGCAAUUCUGUUUUGUGUUAAGCCUUGAUGGAGACUUACAGAUGCACAAAGCCCAUUGGUACAAAAUUGAACAUAUUCUGGUGUUUACAAGUCAUUAGUAAACCAUGUUUAUGUAGUCAGGUUAAUUGGAAAUGACAAGUGUUGUCAAAUUUGUUUUGAUGAUCAACUGAAGAGUAUUAUUUUUGCUACACUGAUGUUCCACUUUGGGGCCUGUUUUUUCAGUAUAGUGCUUCUAAAGUAUUUUUUUUUUGAUUGUUUAUCAGAAGAAACACUAUUUGUCAUAAAUAAUCCAAUUAUUGAGAAGUGAUUUAUUUUUAAGCAUUUCACAUUUUGUUGUUACUCUUUUGUGCAAUCAUUUCGCACAGAGGUGGACUUGUUUUGUGUCAGAUUCAAAAGCAGCAUGAGCUAGACUGCACCUUCAGUAAGUCCAGUUGCAUUAUGUAGGUAACGGAUGUUGGACCUAAACAUCCGCUUAGCUCAUUAAAUGGUACAGAUAAAGACUUUGCAUGGGGUCCACCUGAGCUGCAACCUGUACAGUCAGAUUAACAGUUCGCCCAGUGCAUGGUGAAAUAUCUUGGCAACCCCAGAGUUAGUGUCCUGGCACUCAUGCCCAAGCCUCUGUCUUGAUAAUAUAUGCAGGCGCUUCUUUUCAGCAGGAGAGGGCAAUGUUUACAACCUCCCUCAAAUGUAACAUGCUGGUGGAAGGACAUCUGUAUAAGGCUCACAUUGUGAUAUUACUUUCACAUUCAAAGCAUGCGUUGGUUUUAUGAACUGUUGCACCUUGACCUAAAUCAGUUUUGCAUUGCUGCUUUUCUUAUGAAAUGUUUUUGAUUUUUAAUUCCCUAGCAGGCAUGGAGAAUUCGUCGGUGUACAUGUGCUUCCCCUGCUACCAGGAGUUCAACACUCUGGAAGAGGUGCUCAAGCACCAGUUGACAUGCACUGCCGAGGAUGAACAACCUGACACAUCCGGUGCCAAUCGUGUAACUGUUCCAGUGUUACAGACACAGCAACAGGUAAUGAGUAUAUCAAGGACAGUUGCAGUCCCACAGAUUGACGUCCAAGCAGGACAUUUCUCUGUGCAGCCUGUUACGACCACACUAAAGCAGACUGCAGUUAGCGCGAAGUUACCAUCUGACCAGCCCAGAAUCCUCUACCAGUGUGGAGAUUGUGAUGAACUUUUCAAAAGCCUUGACCUUUGGCAGCAACAUCGUAAAGAAGGGACAUGUCAGCAGUCUGCCUCUGGGAGCAAGUCAAAACCUGAUGCACAACCAGAGCCAGAGUCCUCAUCAGCUCAGAGCCUGAAUUCACCUUUAAAUCCAGAUGAGUAUUCUUUCGUAACGACUGGAACUAGCACAAAUGUUAAGCCAGAACCAGUGGAUAAACCUGUAGAAGAGGAAGAGGAGCACGAGGCUGCAGAGACCUCUCCAUCUCAAAGCUCUGAUCCCAUUGUUUCUGAGGUGAUCGCUUCAACCUCUAAUCCAGAUGAUUAUUCUCCCAGAAAGAGAGGGGCAAAUAAAAAACCAAAGCCUGAACCAGUGCUCUUGUGUGUGGACUGUGGCUCAUGUUUUGGCCUGGUGUCUGAACUUGUGGCUCACCGCAAGACCCAGCAUGGCUUUGAAGAAGCUCUGCACCGUUGCUCCGUAUGUGGGGAAAGCUUUCUAAACACGACCCUCUUUCUGUAUCACCGCAAACAACACAGACAGAAGGGUGAGGAAAAGGCGAUGGUGGUUCCUGAAGUGACAUCAGAGGAAAUUUGUACUCAGAGCAAUGGGACCGGGGAACAGGAGAUGGAUGCUACUCCAUCCAACAUCGUUGUCACUUUCACACAGCCAGAGUUGUUCAUGUGCAUCCAGUGUGGGCAGAGCUUCAGUGAUGAAGACAAGCUGGUCACACACCGUAAGCAGAAGCAUGACCUGAAGGAGCCACUACACAGUUGUUCACACUGUGGGUUGAGCUUUAUGAACACCACCCAGUACAUGUACCAUUGGCAGCAGCACCGCUACACAUCAGAGACGAAUGUGCCUGAUGGGACUGAAACUGGUGUUGCAACAGCCACCACUAAUCCUCAGGAUAGCCCACAGAGCACAAAGCGAUUGCUUUCUCCACCUGACCCUGCAAGUGAAUCAGGUUCCUCUCUUCCUAAGAGAAGUAGGCCUUCUUUUAGGAUCCCGAGUAGUAAUGCACUCAAAGGAAACAAAUGUGUAGGCGCUAAAGAUGAAGUAGAUGGCAGCACUGCAGCAGACUCCGACAACGCCAAUCACCCUCCACCUGCCAAGCUGCUGCAGGACUGGGCCCGGACACCACUACCCCAUGUUUGCCCCUACUGUGGCAAAACCUUCACCCGACGUGUCUUUCUCCGCACCCAUGUUUACAGCCACACCGGAGAAAAGCUCUUCACAUGCAAGGUGUGCACAAAGUCAUUCACCAACUCCCAGAGCCUGCUGCGCCACAGCAUGAGCCACACGGGCAACAAGCCCUACAGUUGCAAUGUUUGUUGCAAAAACUUCUCCCAGGCAGCCACCCUGAAGAGACACCAACGCAUUCACACAUCAACACUGCCUCGGCGCAAGCGUGGACGCAGACCAGUGUGUACUUUGGACAAUGAGGGAGCUGCUCAUCUCUUCCCAUGUCCAAACUGUCCUUCACGGUUCAGUACUGAGGAUCAGCUUAACCACCACAAAUUGCUUCACACCAGCCACCCAUUCCCUUGCCCUGAAUGUGGAGAGGCCUUCAAACGCAGAAGAGACCUGGACCUUCACUCCCUCACUCAUCAAGACAAGCAGCCAGCGACAUGUACUCACUGUUCAGCCCAGUUUGUCAACCAGUCAGUGCUGGAAAUCCACCAGCAGCGUUGUCCUACCACAGAGGAGGAGAAGAACACUGGCCGUGGACGGGGCCAGGGCCGGGGACGCUGCACUGGACAGAUUGAGUGUGACCUUUGUGGGCACCGUUGCAUGACUCAGGAGGGACUAGACCUCCAUCGGUUAUCCCACACAGGACAGACGCCUCUCAAAUGCCCAGUGAGGCCUUGCCGCCGCCGCUUUACCUCCAACAGUGCCUUGGAGGAGCAUGUGCUGGCGCAUUUCCAAGGGACGCUCAGCAAGUCCAAACACCGAGCCCGCUUUCGCUGUCAGAUUUGCCACAAAGAUUUUGCCUACAAUUCAACCUUCAGUGUUCACAUGAGGACACACACUGAUGAGAGGCCCUUUGAGUGUGCUACAUGUGGCAAGCGCUUCCGCCAGCUGCCCCAUCUACAGGACCAUGAACGUAUCCACAGUGGUCUGCGGCCUUUCUGCUGCUGGAUUUGUGGAAAGAGUUUCAGCGUGGCUGCCCGUCUCACCGAGCACGCCCGUACCCACAGUGGUGAAAAGCCCUAUCCCUGUCCUCACUGUCCUGCUGCCUUUCGCUCUCGUUCCAACCUGGACAAACACACCCGGCUACAUGCAGACCUGCUUCCAGAACCUGACCAGGUGGUGCAUGUGGCAGAGGCCGCCCAAGUCCAGAGGAUGCUGGAAGAGGCUAAGGUGCAGACUACUUUAGCCACUACGGGGGAGGUUGAUUCUGGCUCUGUGCAGACCAUUUAUGUACUGCAGGGAGGUGAAGGAGGCACUGAGACAGUCAUGAUUCCAUCUGAUCAGCUUAGUGGUAUAGAGGGAACGGAGGGAACACAGGUUGUCAUCCUGCCCUCCUCUGUUCUUGGAGCUCAGGGCAUCACCGUUCCCACUAUCACCAUGGAUGGAAAUGAAAUCACGAUGGUGGAGACAAGCCAGUCACCACAGCAUGCCAUUGAGUUCAUUGUGGAAGAGACUGUAUGAAGGCAGGGUGGAAACUACUGUAUACAAAAAGGACAUGACAGUGGAGAAUCCUGAUUGAGUGUAUACACUGCUGAUGGAUUAUAUAAUGUGGCGGUUUAAGUAAUUGCCUUGGAUGUAUAUAGUUUGGUAGAUUUCUAAAUCAGUUUAAGCAAAAGUCCCAACCUGUGUAGUGAUUUUGCAACUUUUCUUGAGCAUAAAAUUAAUUUAAUAACGUAGUUCAAUAGUAUCAAGUAAUUACUUAAAGGAUGAUACAUGGGAUGAAACAUUCUGGAGAACAUCUUGAAAUAGUCUUUCAAACAAAUUUGAAAACAGGUGAGCGGUUGGCCCUCAGUUGUACACAAGUGUGUAUUUACAGCCCCUGUUUAUUAGGGGAAGACAUGGUCACCCCUGAAACAUCUUCUGCUUUCUUAUUAAUAAAAUGUUUCAGUGUUCACA